AUGUUUUCGAAAACCCUUGGUGCUCCUUUGAAAGAUCCAAAUUUCAUUGUACUCGGAAGGCAAGCAUUUUCAUGCGGUCAUUCUAAUACAGUAGGUGUUCGUCCAACAAUGGAAGAUACUGCUGUUGUUGUUGGUGACUUUGCAGGUCCAAAUACAUCAUACUACGGCCUCUUUGAUGGGCAUGGUGGUGUUGACUGUGCUCUUUAUUGUGCAAAUAAUUUUCAUCGAAUUUUUGCAUCAAAAUUUCACAUUACAGCAAAUGUUGAAACAGUCAUCAAAGAAACGAUUCUCGAACUUAACAAUGUCGCUGUCAAGAGAUGGCCUUCGCAAGGAUGCACACUCGCUGUUGUUUUAAUCAUAAAAGACAUAAUUUACACAGCAAAUCUCGGAGAUACUCGCAUCAUAUUAGUAAAUGGAGAACAAACUACACGAUUAUCAUACGAUCAUAAAGCUACAGAUCAAGAAGAAGCUGAUAAAAUUGCAAAGAUCGGCGGUGCUGUAUUUGGUGGUCGUGUGUUAGGUGUAUUAGCUAUUACUAGAGCUAUCGGUGAUGGUGAAUUGAACGGUUAUCUUAUUCGCGAACCUACAAUGAAUCGUUUAAAGAGAAAAGACGGUAUGCAGCUUAUCAUUGCUUGUGAUGGUGUUUGGGAUGUAAUGACAGAUGAAGAAGCAGCAAGAAUCGUCAAAACUUCAAAUAAUACAGCAGAAUCAGCGAGAAAGAUAAAAGAUACAGCAGUCAGUCGCAGCACACUCGAUAAUGUUUCCGUUUUAGUUAUUAAUCUUAAUUACAAAUGA